GUUACUGUAUCACGAAGCGCUAACAGCACCCCGCGCUACGCUACCAGAGAAUUCUCUCAACAACUUGCAGUAUUGACCCAAGACAAACCCAACCCUUCGCGGCAUCCCUUCAACCAUCACCACUCUCGCGAAGACAUCCACCUGCCUUCCCAUCCCAACAUCUGGAUAUAGUCAUCUGAGAAAUUCUUCCCAAGUACAUCCCCCGCCUGGGCUAGAGAUCUCUCACGAUGUCGGAGAUUCCAAAGAAACAAAAUACCACCGCCGCACCGUACGUUGACGACAACCCCUCAUCACGAAUGCAACGGCACAUCAAGCUAAUCGUGGAUCUACAGAACUCCUCAAAAUACACCUGCCAACAAUGCUCCUAUCUCUUCGCAUGCGCAGCAGCCUGGCGUAGGAACAAUCAAGGAGGGUAUGUAUAUCAUUUUGCCCCUCACCGAGAUUUAAUUUUCACUUAACUGAUUUUGACGCCAACAGAGGAAUUCGAUCGUGCGGCCGCUGCUUCCAUCUUUGCGCAAAACCCCAAACUCGUCCAAAUGAUCCAGGGCAAGCUUGGUUCUCUUGUCGGUCGAUCAUCUGGUUACGUUGAAUCUCUUCCCGCUCCAGUUCGCCGCCGUGUUGCUGGACUCAAAGGCGUACAGAAGGAGCACUCAAAAUUGGAGGCCGAGUUCCAAGAGGAGGUCCUCGAGUUGGAGAAGAAGUACUUUGCGAAGUUUACCCCGCUCUACCAGAAACGUGCCGAUAUCGUCAAUGGUGCUGCUGAGCCUACUGCCGAGGAGGUCAAGUCUGGCGAGGAGGACGAGGAACCUAGUGAAUCGGAGCCAGCCGUCAAGGAAGAGGAAGGCGCAUCAGAUGUGAAGGGUAUCCCAGAAUUCUGGCUGUCGGCCAUGAAGAACCAGAUCUCACUCGCAGAAAUGAUUACCGAUCGAGAUGAGGCUGCUCUUAAGGAUCUCGUUGAUGUCCAAAUGGAGUACCUCGACAAGCCAGGAUUCCGUUUAAUCUUCCAAUUCGCUGAAAAUGAGUUCUUCACCAACAAGACCAUUACCAAAACCUACUUUUACCAAAACGAGAGUGGUUAUGGAGGAGAUUUCAUUUAUGAUCAUGCCGAAGGUGACAAGAUUGACUGGAAGGCUGGCAAGGAUUUGACUGUUAGAGUUGAGAGCAAGAAGCAACGCAACAAGAGUAUGUUUGGGAAUUUCCCGCAUGAAUUAUUAUCUAACAAAUAUCACAGACACCAAGCAAACUCGAGUAGUCAAGAAGACCGUUCCCACCGAGUCUUUCUUCAACUUCUUUUCACCACCCAAGGCCCCAACCGAAGAGGACGACGAUGAUGCCGCUAGUGAUAUCGAGGAGCGUUUGGAGCUCGAUUACCAACUCGGAGAGGACAUCAAGGAGAAGUUGAUUCCACGUGCUAUCGAUUGGUUCACCGGCGAGGCUCUUCAAUUUGAGGAGCUUGAUGACGAUGAUCUUGAGGAGGGUGAUUUUGAGGAUGAGGAUGAUGAGGAAGACGAGAGCGAAGACCAUGAUGACGAGGACGAAUCUGAUGAUGAUGUAGGUGUAUCGCCAUGAUGUUCUCCCGGAAUACUGCUAACACACUCACAGGAUGAUGCCGCAAAGCCCAAGCAGGAGGCCGCUGAGUGCAAGCAAAGCUAAACGACGACUCUUUAAUAUAUCGCGUGAUGUGAGGAUCUGCGACGACCGGCUUCGUGCCAUGGCUGAUGAGCUCUCGGAUUCUACCGGCCGGCACAUAAACAGGAUGCUUGGUUCGGAGUUGGGAGGGCCUACAUUGCACUUGCAUAGGUGUUUUCUGCACGCAUGGUUCAUGUCUUAUUCUUCUUCAUUACUUCUAGACUAACCUGCUUGCCCGAAGUUACGUUCGUCGAUGCAGAUACGAUACUGCGGCUGCACUGCAUCACUCUUACAUGCAAAUAUCGUACA